AUGCCGAUUAACGUUAAGAUAUCCCUUUGUAAAAUUACCGCAGCAAGCAAACUCUUCCAAAGGAACUACUACCUGCCACUACUAAAACCCUUAUCUCCGAAAGAUGCACUUCGUCGAAAGAUCAUCACCGGUCAAAACGUGUUGGGAAAUCGCACCGAGCAUUACAUACCGGUACUAAAGAAAGAAGAGGAAAAAAGCACUGAUAGAAAACGUCGAGGAAAAGGAGUGCCUGUAAUUAAAAAACGUUGCAAAAGAAAGGAAAAUGAAAGAUACGUGGAGCCGUUCUUCGACGAGAAUAUGGAAAAUCAUAAUCUUUUGCAAGUCCUGCUUAGAAGAAAACCGAAGGGAAAGAACAAGUAUAUUUAUGAAGUUCCCGACAAAAAAUGCACUUUGGUUAUUUCGGCGCAAAUGGAGAAGGCGCUUAAAGAUAGAGAUAUCGUUGAUAUUAUAAUUGCCCAAAGAAGCGAAAAGAUAGUGGUCAAGCUACAAAAUGGAACCAGGGUAACCUUGCCUCUAGCAAGUUACCAAGAUUAUGAUACUCUUUAUCGUGGCAGCGGCUGGACAAAGGAGUUUGCAGAGCAAGAGCAUCACCAUGGAAAAGAAACAAUGUCAAUUGCUAAAUUGUUUGAGGCCAAAGAGUCCGGUGUUGAAGAAUGGGAACUGGAAAUGAUGAGGAUGGCCAACAAACGCAAGAAGAAGCACAAGGGAGAAGACAACAAGGAUUGGAAGAAUAUGCUUUCAGGAUGCGUGGAAAAUAUGGAUUGGGACAAGUUUGAAGAGGAUACCAAGCAAAUUGUUGACGAACAGGAAGAAAUUGUCACUGAGGAGGAUAUUCCGAUGGCCGUGGACGAUAUGGAGAAAACCACCAACGUCGCCGAAAAAUUGAAGCAAGGUGGAUCCGCUGUAUUAGACCAGUUGCCUGUAAUGAAGGAAAUUCCCGAGGUCAUUAAAAUAUUAGAAACUGGAGAUAUGUGCGAAAUAUCUAACGUAUCCGGCGUUAAAGUUAACAUGUCAAGCGGAAAAGUUUGUUUUGUAACCGGCCAAUUGGUUAAAUCCGACGAAUCCGAGGUAUUUGUUCCUGGUCAAACAGUAAUAAUUGAAGAUGGUUCAAAAGAAUACACACCUGGUAUAACAAUCCUGGAUAAUGGAGAGCCCACCUUGAUACCUGGGUUGGUGAUGGGCGAGGAACAGACCAAUGCCAUGUUUUUGCCGGGCGAUUCAAAGAUCACGGAUGGAGGCCAAUUAAAAUUCGAAGCCACUGACGGAGAUAGGGGGCGUAGAGCUCCCUCUCCCUCUCCCCCUCCCCCACCAAAGCCCAAAAAGGAAGAAGAAAUUGUCAUCAAGCGUAGAGUUAUUGCCGAACCUGAAGAAGAGCCAGUUCGCAAAGAACGUGUCAGAAAGCGAGAACCAAUCGUAAUGUCCCGUCCACUGACUCCACCAAGAGAAGUCUAUAAACCAGCAAGGACACCGCUGGACGAUCAGAUCGACGCGAUGGAAGAAGAAAGGAAAAGAAGAGAAGCAGAAGAACGAAAAAGGCAAAAGGACAGAAUGGAAGAGAAAAUUUUGAAGGAAGAAUCCAAGGUCGACACUUUAAGAUUAGGCAUCCGUAAAAAGUUGAAAGAUUUUAAAAUUGAAAAACCAAAAGAGUACGUGCCAGUGGAUCCAGUGAAAAAGACACAAAAGCUUGAAGAAAUGGAGCAGAAAAUUAGGAAAGGUACGUUUUUUGAAGACGACAAGACCAAAGAGAUUUUGGAGAGGGCAAGAAUGUCGAUGAGGCAGAGUGCAAUGAGUUCCUUCGGAGGCGACUUCGGCCGCGGUCGAUUCUAA